AUGUCUCCAUCCCCUCGCAUCCAGUUGCUGGCAGUGGAAUUCGGGCCGGUGACCUUCGAGGAGGUGGCAGUGUAUUUCACCAGGGAAGAGGGGGCUCUGCUGGACCCCGUUCAGAGAGCCCUCUGCAGAGCCGUUAUGCAGGAGAACUAUGAGAAUGUGACCUCGCUGGGUGAUGGGAUGGUGAGUGAGAAUGAGGAGCAGAACCCUCAGCAGGAAGACGCUGAGCACGUGGAAGCAUAUGGGGCAUUAUCGCAAAGAUCUGAAGGGAAUGUGUCCAUGAGUUGUGGGCAGGGAAAAGAUUGUGAGACUCAGCACAGGCCAGAAAGGGAGCAGGGAACUGAGCCAAGGGAGAAAGAGGGUAAUUGUCAGGGAAGUCACAAGGAAACCACAGCCCAGCAGAGCAUCCCCACAAGUGAGAGAGACCACACAUGCCCUGAGUGGGGAGAAAACAUCGGUAGCCCUUCGGUUCUUCUUCAACACGAGAGAAUCCGCGCCAGAGAGCCACCCCACCAAUGCGGUGAGUGCGGGAAAACCUUCCAUCGGAACGCACACCUGAUUCGCCAUCAGAGAGUGCACACGGGAAACCGACCCUUUAAAUGCUUGGAAUGUGGGAAAAGCUUCAGCGUGAGCUCCAACCUGAUCGCCCACCAGACCAUCCACACGGGCAAUCGACCCUUUUCGUGCUCUGAGUGCGGGAAGAGCUUCAACAGACGCUCAAACCUUAUUACGCACUGGAGAAUUCACAUGGGAAAGAAGCCCUUUACAUGCUCGGAAUGUGGGAAAAGCUUCACGGACAGCUCCAACCUUAUCCGGCACCAGAGAACCCACACGGGGGAGCGACCCUAUGAAUGCUGCGAGUGCGGGAAAAGCUUCACUGACAGCUCUGAUCUUAUCAGGCACCAACGAACCCACACGGGGGAGCGACCCUAUGAAUGCUGCGAGUGCGGGAAAAGCUUCAGUCGGAGCUCCACCCUCAUUCGGCAUCAGAGGAUCCACACGGGAGAGACGCCCUAUAAUUCCAACCUUACUCAGCAUCAGAGAAUACACAUAGGAGAGAACCCCUAUAGAUGCGCCGAGUGCGGGAAAAGCUUCACUCAGAGCUCGGCCCUUAUUGCGCAUCAGAGGAUCCACACGGGAGAGCGCCCCUAUGAAUGCUGUGAGUGCGGGAAAACCUUCAGUGUGAGCUCAGCCCUUGUCGCACAUCAGAGACUCCACACGGGGGAGAGACCCUAUAAAUGCUCAGAGUGUGGGAAAAGCUUCAGCGUGAGCUCAACCCUCAUCAUACAUCAGAGAAUCCACACAGGGGAAAGGCCCUAUCGAUGCUCGGAGUGUGGGAAAAGCUUUAAUCAGAGCUCACACCUGGUUAGACACCAGAGUCUCCACAGGGGAGAUAAGCACCAUAAAAACCUUGUCUAAGGCUGUCCAAAAAAAAAAAAAAGUUUUUUAAUACUUUUCUAAUUCCCACAUAGUGACUUUUAAGGCUCUUUGCAGUGUUUGCAUCACUGUGGUCCCGCAGCUCCCCCCAGAAGAGUAGCACACUGUUGGAGUGAAUCCCUUGGUCCUUUCUAUCUGCUCCUUCGUCCUGAGUCAUGAGAAUGUAUGUCCCUCCUACCGGGAAUGUCCAUCAGC